GCCCAAACCAAUCCGGGUCGGGUUUAGUGUGUCGGUUACUGCCCCUCAGCAUUCUCAGUCCAUAAAUAUUCAGUCGGUCUACUCGAGGUUUUCCAACAAUGGCGUCGGAGAUUAAAAUCGACUUAACGUAUUUACGAAUUUACAACGACGGUAGGAUCGAAAGGCUUCCGACUCCGCCGGCGGUCCCGCCGUCCGACGAUCCGAACGCCGCCGUCCGGACGAAGGACGUGGUAAUCGAUUCGGAGAGCGGCGUUUCAGCUCGCAUUUACGCGCCUCGCCGCCACGAUCCGCCGCGGAAGCUUCCGGUAAUGGUGUACAUCCACGGCGGAGCUUUCUGCGUCGGAUCAGCCUUCGUUUCUUUUUCCCACAAUUUCGUCUCCGCCGUCGUCGAGAAAGCCGGCGUAAUCGCCGUCUCGGCUGAGUACCGGCUGGCUCCGGAAAACCCUAUCCCGAUCCCCUACGACGACUCCUGGACCGUUUUCCGGUGGACCGCGGCUCACGCCGGCGGCGACGGCUCCGAGCCGUGGCUGAACGAGCUCGCCGACUUCCGGCGGGUUUAUAUAGGCGGGGAGAGCGCCGGCGCGAACAUAGCGACCGACGUCGCGCUCCGCGCCGGCGUGGAGGAGCUCGCCGGAGUAGAAGUCGCCGGUCUGUUUCUGCUGCAUCCGUACUUCGGAUUAAAAGGAGAGGAUAUAUUAUACAAGUACCUUUGCCCGGGGAGCAGCGGCGGGGACGACGAUCCGCGGGUGAAUCCGGCGGUGGAUCCGCGGAUCGGGCGGAUGGCGGGGCGGCGCGUGAUGUUUGCGGUGGCGGAGAAUGACUCUCGGAAGGAGAGGGCGGUGGCGUACUGCGCCGCGUUGCAGAAGAGCGCGUGGGGCGGCGAAGUGGAGAUGAUGGAGACGGAGCGUGAGGGGCACGUGUUUUAUCUCUUUGAUUUAACUGCUGAGAAAUCUGUGGCUGUCAUAGACCGUUUGGUGGAGUUUCUGAAAUAAGAAGUUCAAAUAUUGCAAUAUUAAAUUAAAAAUAAUCAUAUUUUAUUUUGGGAAGAUUCGAUUGUAUUAUUGUUAUUUCUUUGCUUUUUAUAAAGUUUAUAUGUAUAUAUAAAAUAGUUCUUUCCAACGUUUUAGGUUAAAAUGAUCCAUUCGUGUUUUUUUGUU